AGUAACCUGACAAUCCUUCUUCACCUAAUCACUUGUCUUCUUCCUCUGCUCAAUACUCUCUCUCUCUCCGACUGUAACUCCAAGUUUUGAUUUGUUCAUCAAAAACUCCAAGCUUUGAGCUCGUUGUUUUGUUCUUCUUCCAUUUCCGACUGUAGCCGAAGCGUUUGCCGAAGAGGGAUACACAGAGAGAGAAGCAAAAGAAAAUGAGCCAUUGCAUGAAUCGCUGCGAGUACCUAUCUUCGACUUCGAGUUCGAUUUUCUUCUCCUCCAAGCUCCAUUCCUCGAAAUCCAACACCUUUCGCUUACUCUUCGGCUCCAACAAGCUUGGAGCUAGGAAGGCGUGCGCGGCUCCUCUGAAGCUCCGCCCAUGGCCGACUCAAUUCGCCCGAUUGGACAACCCUAUCUUCAAAGUCAAGUCGGUUCAGAGCGAGCAAGGGAUCUCCAACGAGUCGCCGCCCAAGGUCGGAAAAAGAACGGACUUGAAGAAGAUAAUGAUACUCGGCGCCGGCCCGAUUGUGAUCGGCCAAGCUUGCGAAUUCGAUUACUCGGGAACGCAGGCCUGUAAGGCUCUCAAGGAGGAAGGAUACGAGGUCGUUUUGAUCAACUCCAACCCGGCGACGAUCAUGACCGACCCGGACUUGGCCGACCGGACAUAUAUUACUCCGAUGACGCCGGAGCUCGUCGAGCAGGUCCUCGAGAUGGAACGCCCCGACGCGCUCUUGCCGACCAUGGGAGGCCAGACCGCGCUGAACCUCGCCGUCGCUUUGGCGGAGAGCGGCGCGCUGGACAAAUACGGCGUCGAAUUGAUUGGCGCCAAGCUUGACGCGAUUAAGAAAGCGGAAGAUAGAGAUUUGUUCAAGAAGGCGAUGAAUAACAUUGGGAUUGAGACGCCGCCUUCUGGAAUUGGGACCACAGUUGACGAGUGCAUCGAAAUUGCAAGCGAGAUUGGUGAGUUUCCCCUAAUCAUCAGGCCUGCGUUCACUUUGGGCGGUACCGGAGGUGGAAUUGCGUACAAUAAGGAGGAAUUCGAGGCCAUUUGCAAGGCCGGGCUCGCGGCGAGCCUGACGUCGCAGGUGUUGGUGGAGAAGUCGCUGUUGGGAUGGAAGGAGUACGAGCUUGAGGUUAUGAGGGAUUUGGCUGAUAAUGUGGUUAUCAUCUGUUCGAUUGAGAAUAUCGAUCCAAUGGGAGUUCACACCGGGGAUUCGAUCACUGUUGCUCCCGCGCAGACUUUGACGGAUAAGGAGUAUCAGAGGCUGAGGGACUACUCGGUGGCCAUAAUAAGAGAAAUUGGGGUUGAAUGUGGUGGUUCUAACGUGCAGUUUGCGGUGAAUCCGAAGGACGGCGAGGUGAUGGUGAUCGAAAUGAACCCGAGGGUGUCGCGGUCAUCGGCUCUGGCGUCGAAGGCUACCGGGUUUCCUAUAGCAAAGAUGGCUGCCAAGUUAUCGGUUGGCUAUUCGUUAGACCAGAUUCCAAAUGACAUCACCAAGAAAACGCCUGCUAGUUUUGAGCCUUCCAUAGAUUAUGUGGUGACAAAGAUCCCUCGCUUUGCAUUUGAAAAAUUCCCUGGUUCACAGCCAAUACUGACGACGCAGAUGAAAUCCGUUGGUGAAUCAAUGGCACUAGGUCGUACAUUCCAAGAAUCUUUUCAGAAGGCAGUACGAUCUCUGGAAUGUGGCUACUCUGGAUGGGGUUGUGCAAAGGUUAAGGAACUUGACUGGGACUUGGACCAGUUAAAGUAUAGCUUGCGUGUCCCUAACCCAGAGCGCAUCCAUGCCAUUUAUGCCGCCAUGAAGAAGGGGAUGAAGGUAGAUGACAUUCAUGAACUGAGUUACAUUGACAAAUGGUUCCUUGUGCAACUUAAGGAGCUAGUAGAUGUGGAGCAAUUCCUUUUGGCUCGGAACUUGUCUGAUCUAACAAAGGACGACUUCUAUGAAGUGAAAAGAAGAGGUUUCAGCGAUAAGCAGAUAGCUUUUGCCACUAAAUCAUCUGAGAAAGAAGUUCGUUUGAAGAGAAUAUCUCUAGGUGUUACUCCAUCAUACAAGCGUGUAGAUACCUGUGCCGCUGAGUUUGAGGCCAAUACUCCUUACAUGUAUUCUUCCUAUGACUUUGAGUGUGAAUCAGCUCCCACUCAAAGUAAAAAGGUUUUGAUUUUAGGUGGAGGACCAAAUCGUAUUGGCCAGGGGAUUGAAUUUGACUACUGCUGUUGCCAUGCGUCCUUUGCCCUUCAGAAAGCAGGAUAUGAGACAAUCAUGAUGAAUUCAAAUCCUGAAACUGUAUCCACGGAUUAUGACACGAGUGAUCGUCUAUAUUUUGAACCUCUGACAGUUGAAGACGUGCUAAACGUUAUUGAUUUGGAACGUCCUGACGGCAUCAUAGUACAGUUUGGGGGUCAAACACCACUAAAACUUGCUCUUCCUAUCCAACACUAUUUAUAUGAGCACAAGCUUGAAUGUGCCAGUGGCAAUGGGACUGUACGCAUUUGGGGUACCACACCAGAUUCCAUAGAUGCAGCAGAGGACAGGGAAAGAUUUAAUGCAAUCCUAAAGGAGUUAAACAUUGAACAACCAAAUGGAGGAAUUGCCAAGAGUGAAGCUGAUGCUCUUGCAAUUGCCACAGACAUUGGAUACCCAGUGGUUGUCCGACCUUCCUAUGUAUUGGGUGGCCGGGCUAUGGAGAUUGUAUAUAGUGAUGACAAACUUGUGACAUACCUUGAAAAUGCUGUGGAGGUGGACCCAGAACGUCCAGUUCUGAUUGACACAUAUUUAUCUGAUGCCAUUGAGAUCGAUGUUGAUGCACUUGCUGACUCUCAGGGUAAUGUUGUGAUUGGUGGGAUUAUGGAGCACAUUGAGCAGGCUGGGGUCCAUUCUGGUGACUCUGCUUGCUCAAUUCCAACAAAAACCAUCCCAUCGUCUAGUUUGGAGACAAUUAGGUCGUGGACUACAAAAUUGGCCAAGAGACUAAAUGUAUGUGGCCUCAUGAACUGUCAGUAUGCGAUUACAGUGUCCGGAGAUGUAUUCUUACUUGAGGCAAACCCUCGUGCUUCCCGUACAGUCCCAUUUGUGUCAAAGGCAAUUGGACAUCCCUUGGCCAAAUAUGCUUCCCUUGUCAUGUCUGGAAUGUCUCUUUAUGACUUGGGUUUUACAGAAGAGGUAAUUCCUGCUCACGUGUCAGUGAAGGAAGCCGUUCUUCCAUUCGAGAAGUUUCAAGGUUGUGACGUGUUGCUAGGCCCUGAGAUGCGUAGCACUGGUGAGGUGAUGGGUAUUGAUUUUCAGUUUCCCAUUGCAUUUGCAAAGGCUCAAAUUGCAGCUGGACAGAAGCCACCACUUUCAGGCACUGUGUUCCUAAGCUUAAACGACUUGACCAAACCCCAUCUUGAAAAGAUAGCAAAGGCUUUCUUAGGGCUUGGAUUUAGGAUUGUUUCAACUUCUGGAACAGCUCAUGUUCUUGAAUUAGCUGGAAUUCUGGUGGAGCGGGUGCUGAAGUUGCAUGAGGGGCGGCCACAUGCUGGUGACAUGGUAUCUAACGGUCAAAUCCAGUUAAUGGUUAUCACAAGUUCAGGCGAUGCACUUGACCAGAUUGAUGGACGGCAGCUGAGGAGGAUGGCCCUCGCUUACAAGGUUCCUGUAAUAACGACUGUUGCUGGAGCUUUGGCAACUGCAGAGGCAAUAAAGAGCCUGAAGUCUAGCACUAUUAAGAUGAUUGCACUUCAGGACUUCUUUAAUUGUGAGGCGGAAACGGAGAGUUCUAAAAACUUCACCACUGUACAGCGUGCAACUAGUGCCUAGUGAGUGAUAAAUGCAUUUAAUUUGGAAAAGACAUUUAGCUAUUUAUCUUAAAUCUGGUAGCGUGGAUCGUUUAGUUUAGUGACUGAUUAUGAAUUCAUGUCUAUAAAUUUAUUUUCCUGCUAA